GGAGACGGUCCACCUCCAGCCCCCGUGCUCUGAGGUCCCGGAGUCUCCCCCGUCUCAUCCCCGCCACGCCACCUUCUUCUCCCGCACGCACACACCCAGCCACCUCUCUUCUAGCUUGGCCAGGGCUGAGGCUGCGCUGCCACCGCGCCUUUAGGGAGCCCUCGGGCGUUUAGCUAAGGGAAACCCCAAAGGACAGGGAAAAAGAGGCAGGGUGCCGGAAGAAAUAUCAUUUCACAAGAGAAGCAAAACCAAAAUAAUAGAGAUAAAGAGUGAGAGAAUGAGAGAGUGAGAUAGUGAAAAAGAGAGUGAGCGAGCGAGCUGGUAAAAGCAACUACAGAGGGAAAAAGGGAACUCAAGGAGAAAGAAGUGGUGCCCUGGGAGUACCCAGGGGGCGUGAGAAUUAAUUUUAAACGCACUAUCCCCCCCCCAAAAAAAACAAAGCAAAAAAAAAAGGUACAAAAAAUCACAAAGAAAAAAAAAUUCAAGCAGCAAAAUCCAAACUCAAGAAGCCACCGCGGUGUUAAAGGAAUUCGGAAACAAAGAUGUUGGAUACCAUCCAUCCAGCUCUUCUCGAAAUAGGAAAACAGGUGUUCCCCACACUGCCCUCGCUGUCUCAGGAUGAAGUCUCUAAUAUUUGGGCAAAUGUGUCAGAAUUUGUGGAACGGCAACUAUCCUUACGCAAGGGAGUCCAGAUUCCGGGAUUUGGAACGUUCACUUUCGUAAGGCAAAGACUUGAUGUAGGAAACAAUAAAUUUAUUCUACUUCAGAGGCCUGUGUUUGUGAUGGCCGAGAAGUUUGCCCAAAUGCAUGGACUCAAACAAAACAAAAUAUUUACUCCUGGUGAUAUCCCAGUCGUUCAGCUUAACUUCGUCAUGAUAUCCCUGGAGGGUCCUUUUAACAGGGAUGUGGUGGAAGGAUGUGUGAAGGAAACAUUACUCUUUUUAUCCCGAUCCAUUUCUGUCAAACAAAAUGUGGAAUUUACAUUCAAGGGAAUAGGGGUCCUUAUGAUUAGAGACAGCAAAGUGAAGAUGAGGUUUUAUAAGGACUUCCUGUGUGCCAUGGAUGGAAGUGGGAAUCUGGUUAAAGCUCUUUCAAAUAGGCCUGGGACGUCGGACUCAGUGAUGUCUAUCAGAGAUGGCACUGCACAGCGUCCUUACAGCGUGUGUGCUUUCCCAAGGAUUGAGUCCAAAGAUUCAGAAACAAAACCAGCUAUAGAAACCAUCCAAGAAGAUGAACCGACUGGCCCGCAAGAGCCUAAGAACAAAGACCAGGGAGAAAAAGAAGAAGUCAGAGAAAGUAUUUCAGCCAAGAGGCUCCGAGCAAGGCAAGCUAUCUCUCCUGUCAAAGUGACAGGAAUCAACUUGAUAGACCGGGUAGAGAAGAACAAUAGUCUAAAGCCUUCAGCUCCUGAAAGAUUAAAAUCACCGGGUUCUCUGAAACCAGAUAUGGAAAUUAAGCCGAAAACUCCUGUUGCCCCAAUUUGCCAGGGUCAUGCAAAAGCAGGACAGGAGAUGUGCUAUGUAUGCUUACAACGAGCCCAGCGGAAUGUGCCAGUGUUAAGCACCGAAGACAGGAAAAGAAAGGAAGUAGAAGAUGACCGUAUCAUGCAACAAUAUCUAAUGCUGAAAGACCAGGAGGCAAUCCACAAACAUCAGGCUAAAAGCUUGGCCAUUAGAGAACAAAAUCAGAAAAAUGCUGCAUAUAAUCUUGGAGUUGCUGAAGCUAUCAGAAGCCACAAGAUGGAGAAACCUGAAUUUUAUAAAUCCUAUAUUUUUGACAAACGACCGCUUAGUCCUGAGCUUAAUUAUGCUAAACAAGAGGAGUAUUCCCAAGGUCUUCUGAAACAAAUGGAGAGCAGACGAGAAAAGGAAUUGAAGCAGAAACAGAAUUCUGAUUUAAUGGACCGCCUAGAACAAGUGCAGCUCACAGAAGAUCUUGCUGCCCAAAGAUCAAAGUACUUAAAAGAUAGGAUGGAAGAAGCACAAUAUUACAAGAGGGCCUUGGAUGUACAGAUAAAGAACAGACCUCCUCCACUGCCUGUCUUUGAGCCGGAUUCGUCUGAGCCCAUCUUUGGGAAGAUGGACAUGAGUAAUGAACGUCUGGCGGAAAGGAAGCAACGGGAACAAAAGUACAUGAAGCACCAGCUGCAGGCAGUUGCGGACCACAAAAGGGCAGCCAUACUGCGCCAGUUGGUGGAUCAGAGGCGCGAUAUAGAAAUGUUGCAGAAGACCCAGAGAGAGCACUUGGCGGAAAGAAUGGCGGAGCUUGAGAGGACAAUGAAGAUAAACCAAGGUCUGCAGGAGAACUGGGAGAAGAGUGCUGAGCUGAAGAGGCACCGGGAUAUGGAGGAGAAGGUCUUUAAACGGGCUUCUGAUAAGUUGUUCCUCCUGGAUCAGUGUGAGAAGUAUCGACGUUGUUGUCAGUGUAAGAGGCGUCUGAGCAACUGUGGGGAAACUAACUUGUGGCCGAUGACCAGAUACUUACAUGGUUCCAGACUGCUGGUUUAAAAAGAACAUUGGGCCUGGGUUUCCUGGGGAAAAAGUUUUACUCUUAUGGAUGUGGUGAUGUGACUGUGGACUGCUUAUCACACCUCAAUGAAAACAAUAUUAUGAGGUUAUUUUGUGCC